AAAGAUUGUCUUUUAAGUUCAUGGGUGUGUGUUCGAAAAACAACAAUACUCAUUUAUCCGAAACUAACCUUGUAACAAAAUGAUUUUCAUUGUUUUUUCCCCUUUCCUUUUGGGAAGACAUAAUAUACGUUUAUAAAACUAUGUACUUCCACUUCCAUUGUAACUGUUUGUGCAGAGAAAAAGUCUGGUGUCUGUUUUGCUUUUACAAAAUGUGGUCAGCUUUUUCAUGUAUUAACCCUUCCCAAAAAAAACACACCAAAAGACAAAUAUAAAUCAUCUCUCUCUUUUCAGACACGGAACCCACGCCUUCGGCUUUCGCUUUUUUUUCUCUUCCCGUCAAUGGCUACCCAGGACGACGCUCCACCGCCACCAGUCCCCCUCGACUCCUACAAGCAAUCUCUUCUCAACCGUCACACCGAGAAUCAUUUCACCGCAGGGGACGUCGUCCGCGAUAUCAUAAUCGGCGUCUCUGACGGUCUGACCGUCCCUUUCGCCCUGGCGGCUGGUCUUUCGGGCGCAAACGCCUCUUCUUCAAUUGUUCUGACGGCUGGAAUCGCUGAAGUGGCUGCUGGCGCUAUGUCGAUGGGACUCGGGGGGUAUCUUGCGGCGAAGAGUGAAGCGGAUCAUUAUAUGAGAGAAUUGCGGAGAGAGCAAGAAGAAAUCGUUGCUGUUCCGGAUACUGAAGCAGCAGAAGUAGCAGAGAUAUUGGCAAACUAUGGGAUCGAACCACAUGAGUAUGGUCCAGUCGUUAAUGCUCUUAGGAAGAGGCCUCAAGCUUGGUUGGAUUUCAUGAUGAAGUUUGAAUUAGGAUUGGAAAAGCCAGAUCCUAGAAGAGCUCUACAAAGUGCUUUCACAAUUGCAUUGGCUUACAUAUUGGGGGGAUUGGUGCCUCUCAUUCCAUACAUGUUUAUUUCAAACGUGAAGAGAGCCGUGACAGCAUCGGUUGCAUUGACACUAGUAGCAUUGCUCGUGUUCGGGUAUGCAAAGGGUUACUUCACAGGUAAUAAGCCCUUUAAAAGUGCCAUCCAAACCACCCUCAUCGGAGCUAUCGCAUCUGGAGCUGCUUUUGGCAUGGCUAAGGCUAUACAACAAUGAACUAACCAACCCCACAUGUCAAUCUCUAAUCAGCGAGUCCCCCCCCCCCCCCCCCCCCCCCAAGGUCACUUGUUUUUCAUUUGUUUUGUCAGUCUAGGCCCAGAAAUGAGAACAUUCGAUGUGGUUUUUAAAGCAUUUUGUCAUAUGCAGAAUUCAAUUUUCUAAGAGCAACAAAUAUGUUUGAAAAUC